AUGAUGACAACUUGUCCUCCGAGUCAUGAUGAAGACAACAAACAAGAGGCAUCAUCUCAAAGGGUUCAAAAUUAUUCAACAAAGGAACUUGAUCGGAAAGAACAUGUUGAUUUUAUGAGUCCGAAAAUUGAAUUAUGUCUUAUUCAAAAAGACUCUCUCGAACAUUCUCUGUACCGUAAAUUUGGUAGAAUAUUAAUUGCUAGGGAAGAUAUUGAUGCUGGUGAAAUUUUACUGAUUGAAAAAGCCUAUGCAAGUGUGUUGCAUCAAUCCGAUAUUCAUUUUAAUUCUCAUCGAUUUUGUGUGGUUUGCCAAAAAAAGAAACGGAAUGAUGAUCAGUCAUUCGGUGAGGAUAAAAUCUGUGUAAAUGAUGGUCAUAAUAAUUUUCGAAAAAGCAAGACGAGUAUUUCCGAUGUCAGUUCAAAAGAUGACGAUCAUGCAAAUGAAGAAAGAGAUUGGAUGAUUUGUGAAGAUGUUAAUUGUAAAUUAUUGAGAAAGCUAAUUUAUAGAGAAAAUGAAACUGUGGAUGAUGAAAAUAAUUUAUUAUUGAAUUAUAAUAACAGCGAUGAUAGUUGUGAUGGAUGUGUAUAUUGUUUUUUGACUCGAAUUGCAGAGGAAUGUGGUGUGGAAUUUUCUCUAUUACUUCUCGUGUAUAGAAUUUGCAGAAAAAUUGAAUUCGACUCGAAUGACAAGAAUUGUGACAGCACCUUCUAUGAUCGAAUCAAAAUGGAAAAUCUCAUGUCUCUUCAAACUCACAAAGACGAAAUUUAUCCUGAACAUUUAUUUCUAUUUCGAAAAUCCUCUGAAAGGUUAAAACAAACUCUUUUCAAAAAUGAUGAAUUAAUUGAUUUGGAACUACUCGUUGACACAUUUUGUAGAAUAUUUGUCAAUGCACAUAGUAUUACUCAUACCCGAUGGUGGUGGAACUCUUCAAACACAUCUUCAACCGUUGAAAAUAAUUCAAACAACUCCUCUCUAAUCAUUAAUAACUUCUUCACUACAAGUAUCCGCUCUCCAAACACUGUAUAUUCUCCGUUUUUUAUUCCAAUCUCACAUUCUGAUCGAGAAGAUCACACUGAAAAUAGCUGUGCUGAUUUUAGAGAAAUUGGAACAGGGUUAUUCCCAAUGGUCUCCAUGUUUGAUCACUCAUGCUCGCCCAAUUGCUCUUUUCAAACCUUUGACGACUUGAAAUCUAACAUGUCCUAUUCUGGAAAUGUUAUCUAUGUACAAACUGUCAAGAAAGUGAAAAAAGGAGAAGAACUAUGUAUCAGUUAUAUUGAUAUUAUGAAUCCAACAAGUAUUCGAAGAAGAGAAUUGUGGUAUUCUAAAUAUUUUGUUUGUAAAUGCUCGAGAUGUAUGAGUGACACUGAAGAAGAGCGAUAUGUAAGAGCCUACAAGUGUCACAACUCACCAAUGAUGAAAGAAUUCUCUUCGUCAACCUCACGGUCAUUUUCUAAUGCAUCAACUAAGGAUCUACAAUGUGAUGGUUAUCUAGUUCCAAUUUAUCAAUGUAACACUCUGAGUGGAGAAACGAAAACUGACAUUCGAGAAUAUCAAUCAAAAAAUCAUGUCGAUUCAGAAACUGACUUUAAUAUUGAGCAUUUUGAUGAGGAAGAUUAUGAUAAAGCACUUGCCAUGUUUGAAGACAUUUAUGAAAAUGUACAUGACCCUGAAUGUUCAGAAUUGAAUAGCACACAUCAUGAUCAACGGGAAAUUGAUGAAGAAUUUAUUCAAAAAGUAUCCUAUUGGAAAUGUACAAAAUGCGACUGUAAAAUUGAUGCCGCCUUACAGGAAGGAGAAGCGUUUAUGGAAUUUGAGAGAAAACUUAAUCAAGUAAUCUUGUCCUUGGAUCAAAAAAUUUCUGAGGAUAAUCUUUCCGUGCAUCGAUUGCCAAAGAAUGAGUUAUGUGAAAUAAUUUUGAGCGUGAUUAGCGAACUGGAUGGUAUAAUUCAGUCGAUGCUCGAGCUAGAUAAUUAUCAAAUACUUUCUUCACGAAUCAGACCUCACUUCAACCACUAUCUUCUCUUUCAACUGAAAGGAAAGUACAUUUCAAUGCUGAUAAAAUUAUUUGAAAAGGGAUGUCCACUGCUUGGAGAAGCAAACAAGAUUUCCGAGAAACACAUUGGCAUGAUACAGAAAGGUUAUCAAUAUCUUUCUGACAUGAUGCACAGUGUCAAGAUUGUGUUUCCAACCUAUCACACUGAAAUUAUGCUCUUCCAUUGCAAAAUGCUGAAAUAUUUGAUGUGGAUGAAAGAGAAUGACAUUUCUCCCAACCGUGUUGAACGAGAAGAAACAGUCGUCACCGAGCAAGACCUUCUCAAUUCUCUCACCGACCAAUAUAACGUGAUUGUCAAGUGA